UACCCCUGAACCCCAUUAGCAGACUAACUGGUUUAUUUAUAUCUGUUUCGCUACCUCUUUUCUUUCAUUCUUUUAAAACACUUACAGGUACAACUCCAUAAUUCUAUGGAGUUAACAUAGGCUAACCUUCCGAAACAGACAACAAUCUUAAAUAAUUCACUUCUUUAAAAAUACAGUUGUUACAGAUGAUACAGGAUUAAAGCACUAAGCUGACGAGAGCCUAAAGGAAGUUCCUUGAACGGUUAUCGGAAACAGCUGUUGGAGGAUAGGAUGAAUGUGAAACCGGAAGUACUUGAGCGAUUGAAGCAACUGGCUAAUUUGGUCUCCAAAAAAGGAAAUUCUCAAAAGAGUGUGAACGACAACAAGAAAGAACCGGAUCAAAAAGGUAAUGAAGAUGACAAAGAGAACGAUACAUCUGGAAGUGGAAAAACAUCAGGUAAUGAUCAGUCACCACAAAGACAAAACAAUGUCGCCAACAGCGAAAGAAAAAAAGGAACCCGGGAGAAAGAGUAACACCGGAGCGUUCGAGCGGGCAGCGCAGCGGAGCCCUAUAGCUGAAGGAAACUGGAAACCUAUGGAUCCGAGAAACUUGAAACUUUUUUCAAAAAGCCAAAUUCGGGAUCCAAAAGCCGACGAGUCUGUCGAUAGAAGAAAGGAGCACUUUUUCAUAUUUUAAAUACAUUUUUCAGCGAGGAUAGAAGGUGUAAACAAACGCAUAAAACUUCAUUCAAGCGGUCUUCAGGGAUCGUGUUAUGGGGAAAAAGUAGCACUCUGCAAAAUUCUUGAACGGCAAGUAAUGAAUAAGAAAAUGAAUAACAAUGGAACAAUGGACACAACAACACUUCACUUUCACGCCGAUGUCAAAAUGUUCAAAACUUCUACGAAACCUUCAUAAAAACAAAAAUUCCCUUUUUAAAACGUGCUUUCCUCGACCAUAGAGUACAGAAUGAACCUGAAAUUUCUUCAAAAAACUUCGCUGCCUUGAUUGGUUAAAAACAGGCCAAGCGCUUCGCCGUGAAGAAAACAAGGUUGAAUUCCUCGAAGGACAAUUUCGUAACGAAAACCUUUCCCUUGUCCACAAAAAGGAAUCUCAACAUUUAUUUCAACUUUCCCUUCCAUUUGUGUCUUUAUUGGUGUAUUUUCAACCUUGAAAUGCAAAACUUUGGUCUUGAAAACCACCCCACAUGAAAGUGUGUGACCUUCGCUAAAGUGUCAAAUCCGUUUCAUCUCCUACCCCCUAAAAACCACCAAACAUAUGCUCACUAGAGAAGAUUCUGAUUGGUCAAUCAUUUCUAAAGCCUUUUGAAGCAACAGGGGACAAAACUCUCUAAGGGAGGAGGGGGUAGCAAUUCAACUUAGUCCCUCCUUGGAAGAAUGUACGAACGUACGUACGGUGACGUCAUAACCAAAUUAUCUCGCAUCGAUAGGCUUCCAAUUUCUAUAGCAAUGGAGCAAGGCUCUUAGGAAAUUAAAUUCGCUCGUUUGGUGACCUUUUUUCCCCACUUCAUAAAGCUUCAGAGCUAAACAACAGUGUGUGUUGGGCGUUGUUCGUAGGUAGUUAUACCAACUCGUUAGAAAAGCUUAAAAAGAUACCAGUGCUAAGGUUAUUCAUCAGGUCUCUCAAUUUUUGUUUUAGUUACGAAUGGUAGAGUGUCACCAGACUUGAAUGGGACAAACGAAGAUGCACCGGCGCCUGAUAACAAGCAAGUCAAAGGCGAUGGUGUAUUCAGUCAGAUGGAUACGGAUGUAUUUCGUCAGGUUCGAUCGAUCUCAACAUUGUUUCAUUUCUGCGCACCUUUUAAAGCCUUUUCACUCACUUGGCCAGCAUUUAUGCAAAUUUAUUGGAACAAAAGAAAGUUUUUACAUAUUAAGAAAAAGGUUCAAUUCCCAGGACUGGGCCCGGUUGCAUAAAACCUGCACUUAAGUGCUCACUAAAGGAGGUCACUUACGAAUCCGUUAUGGGUACACUUACGGGUGUUGCAUGGAACACACUUAGCACUUUCGUAAGUUUCUGUUUUACGUGGUAACUUACGGGCUCAUUUAAGGGCACACGUAACCUUGAUGUACUACUUUAUUAAUGAUUUACUCUUUUUUUUUUAAGUUAACCAUCGGUGAGUGUAAAGAAAGGUAAAAGUCGUUUCGAACACUUUUAAGCCUCUCAAAAAAUAAAAUUUGCAUGCAAACGUUAUUUUUCUUCAAUAUCUACUGAAAAUGAUAGUUCUUCUUCUUUUUCACAAAAGUGUACAUCAGAGGUUAACAAAGCACAUUAGAACGAAUUGCGUGAAGAAAAAUACUUUUUUUCACUUCUCAGCAAAAGAUCUCGUUAAAUUUAGUAAAAACAGUAACGAUACGGGACCUACAUAGGUCCCGUAAAUUUACGUACAAUUUCUGUUGCAUAAACGACACUUAAGUGAACACUUACGAAAAUCGUAAGUGCAACCACUUAAGUGAAUUCCCUAAGUGGACCACUUAAGUGAUUUCAUGCAACUGACUUAAGUUACGAGUGCACGUAUGUGUACCCGUAGUUGUUACGGACGUUUUAUGCAACCGGGCCCUGGUUCGGGACAGCAUCAUGGCUGCCAUUGCACUGUUUUGGGACACAAAUAUGGUGGAGGUAACAUCAUGUGAAAACGCCCUGUAUGAAUGUCGUAAUAGCUUUGGAACAUUUUCUAUUUCUCAUAGAGCAGAGAGAAAGGUGGAUUUUCUAUUUAACUCGUUAAGUUUCUUCAAAACCAACUCACUGGACGCUGACUUUUUUUUUGCCAAAAAAGAGAGAAAAAGCACAUCCUUGACACCUUCAUUUCUUUUUCCUCUCACACAGGUACUUAAAGACGUGAUUACAAAAAGGACGCUUGCCAUAGAAAAAAGGGUACUGUCUGAUGUGGAAGCGCUGAAAACGCAGGUCUGUGAAUUGGAAGCUCAGAAAAUACAACUUCAGUGUGACUCGGAGAGACUAAAGCAAACUUUAAAAGAGAUAUCUACAAAACAAGAAAAGGUAAGGUGGUUUAAACUCAUGUCUGUAAGCUUACUUUAGGCCUACUAAAUCAGUUUCUUGUAUUUGAUCAGCUACAAUUCUUUCAGCACAGAGAAAAGGACGCUUGCCUUAUGACAUCGAAAAUAUCCCAAUUCACAAUCUGACAAUGUUGAAUUAUUUGAUAGAAACUAAAACAAGUUUAUAAGGUAAGACAACAACAACAACAGUCAAACCUCCAUUUAGGAGCCAUUUACCAAGUCCUGUCGGACAAAAAAAGGCCAGUAUAUAACUAGAAACAGAACUUUUAUUAUAAAGGAGCCACUCCUUUCUUCUCCGAGAGUGGUCUAGCUUACAAUAUGAAUUGCUCUUACGGUCUGUACGUACUGCUUAUCAAUCCAUCACUUUCACCGAGACCAUAAUGUACCUUGCUUCCCCCAAAAUUUUGCAUAACCAUUUCCAAUCUCUGGAUAUAACAGUCGUCCCUUAACGUUGAUGGAGGUAAGUAUGUUUUAAAAGUAUGAAUUAUUUUGAAUAACAAUAAAUCAAUUAUUGGAUUCGGCUUUCGUAUGGUCUAAAACGUAUGCAGAUUUCGGAAGGUAUUAUCCUGCUUGGCCUAUAACACCCCCCUCGAUCUCCAUAACUCUUCGGACCAUACACAGCCUCAUCCAAUAAUUAUGAAAUAUUGACUUGAUUAUCGUGACGUUUAAUGAUUGAUGAUUUUAUUGAUUUUAACAUGGAUCACAUUUGUGUACUUUUUUUCUUGACAGCAAAAAGUUCAGAUGGUGUCUUGUGGAACUCAAGUCGACAUGGAAUUGGUACAUGUAUUCUCAUGUUCUUUCCACUGGGGAUAUAUGAGUCAUUUCUUUUGGAUCUGCUAGUACCCUUUAGAUGAUAAUUAUUAUUGACGUUCUGAACAGGGCAGUGUCUUAUAUGUUUCCUAUAGGCGAAUCCUUGUUUACAUUUUUUGCCUCAUUAGCACAGGCUUAUCAUUAUCUGAUGAAGUUAACAAAAUGUAAUUUCUGAAUAUUGAAAGAGCAUAACAAUUUCAGUUGUCUCUGAAAAUUUGAGCCCGAUAUACCGAAUAGUUUCGGAGAAAUUCUUUUCGAAAAACCCCAAAAUUUACAAAGAAUGUUUGAGCUCAUUAACGUUUUCCCACCCAGUAAUUUUGCAGUUUUUAAUUGCUACUAUUUUCUUUGUUACUGAUCGCAAAGAGGUGAAACUUGCACAAACUGCAUUAAUUAACCGGCUCUUUUAAUUUUUGAACCUCAUUGAUAUAUACGGCUACAUCUUCCAUGGGUUGACUCGUAUGCUAAUGAGCAAAAAUGUAAACAAUGACGUCACGAUGAAUCCGCCUACUAGAGCUGCAAACUUUGCAGCUCUAAUAGGCGCAGGGCCUGCGCCACCAAUCGCUUUGCUAUAACCAAAUCACCUAUUAAACUUUGUAACCCCGGUUUAAGGGGCCGUGUCACGGCUGUCAAGUUCAUUUUGUAAAUAAUGCCACUUAUUCGUCCUUAUGCGCUAUGGAACUGGAGAAAUUACUUGUCAAUGACAAAAUCAGAGCUUCGUGUCAAACAAAUAUGUCUUUGAAGCAUUAAAAUCAGACGUUUACACACAACAAAAAUGGAACAUUAAAAAAAUGUUAGGCUAACAAGUUUUCAAAGACCACAAUUGCAAUCCUUUUCAGUCUUCUCCAAGUUUUUCCAUCCGUGCCUCUUUUUGUAUUUGAUGUGUUAUUAAUGCUUUCUUUUAAUGCUUUGAGCGGUUAUUUGUUGAUCCACUCAGUUUGGUGGCAGUUCCCACGGACCGAAUUUUGAUAAAUUUCAUGACACAGCUCCUUUAAUUUAUAAUCUUUUGUGUGCACUAUCCUAAACUAAGCCUAAGAUUCUCUUCUCGAAUUUCGCAGAUAAGAAACAUUUUCUUCCACGCAGCCACGAUUGGCAUAUCGUUUGCUAAACUUAGUUAUUUAACCAUUUUACUUGAUUUCACGGUUAAGUCUAACUAACAACUGUAAUCCAUUGUCACAGACAGUAACUGAAAAAAUACUCUAUGAAAAACGUGUGUCAAGUCAAUGUUAUUAUACCAGCGGAAGGGAUGGCCGAAGAGUAGCUUAAUCGCGUCUAGUGAGACAUAAAGUUAUCGAAAAGCUACUCUUAAAUGUGAGCCAAAAUAAUGUUAUGAUUGUUUUGUUAUGAAAUCAGCCUUCAAAUAAUAUACACCUCAUUUAACUUUUGAGGGGGGGUGGGCGGUGGGGUUGGGUUAUUUCUAUUUUCGAACUGUCAAAUUCAUACUAGGCUUCGAGGCUGAGGGAAUAAAACAAAAGAAAUGAAUUAGUCAUCUCGGAAUCUCACUCUCAAUUCUUUUUAUUAUAUACCUUCAUAUCCAAGUACGAAUUUUCAUAAUUCGAUUCGAAACUGGCCUAUUUCAAACUUUGCUUCCAAGCUAGCUGCUAAAAUAUUACAUUAAAAAUUAUCUUUCAUACUAUAAGUUUGCAAAUAGUGCCAUUUUUGGGAAAGAAAGGGUUACGAAUAUAGCCUUACAUUGUGAUGACGUAUUUUCUGAGUCUUUAUGCAUUUUGUUUCCCUUUAAGAUAGAGGAAAGGCCACUUUCACCUGAGAUUUCCAAACCAGUGAGGCCAAAAUUUGUUUCUGAAAGGUCCAUUCUUCUCAAUCAGAUGCGGAGUGCAAAAAAUAUACUGGAAAACCAAGGGGAGACAGUUGAUAACGAAAAAGUGGUUGCUGAAAGCGGCGAUAAGCAAAAGGUUUUUCUACAGACAACAGAAAAGAACGCUAAGCAUUCAGGGACAACUGAAUCGAUGACUGUUUGCAGUAACUCUGGGAUGAGUACAGCACAGAAUGUUCCAGCUACUGCUCAAAAUGUUACAAAUGUAUUGCUCGACAAAGAUGUGUCCGUUGGGGUCUUAAUUCAACCGCCAUCUCAAGGACAAAAAAUAACCACCGAAAGUGUGGUUACUCGAGAUCCGCACGAUAAACUGCUUUUGCGAAAUAUUCAUAGUAGUGACAACACACAAACUCCGUUAAACUUUCGUCCGCUUUCUGUGGUGCGCGUUGAGGCACACCAUGUGGGGCAAGAACAACAAAGCAAUCAUCAGCAAUCACCACGACUUGACAUGCCCCAACAAAAACGUGGCCCCCCAGGUCUAAAUACUUCAGUGCCAUCAGGGUAUCCAUGCAUACAAAAUUAUCAAGGACAUUUUUCACAGAGGUCAAGCGAAUCGUUUCUUCCAAACCGACAGCAAUUUUCUUCAUGUCGAUGGCUAGGUUCAUCACCAAAUCAGGCCAAUCAAAAUGGCCAUGUUCAUCGUCAACCACAUCCUUCGGUGUAUAACAGGCCAACGGAUUUAACUAAUCACAGAUCUAAUGCUACUCCUCCUGGUGGUCCUCAUAAGGUAACAUUUUUUGAUCAACCAAAAAGACGACGGGUUGAAAAUAUGUCUUCUUCGAAUGUUCAGCGCACGAAUAUUGUCAGUAGUAACGAAAAUUAUGUUAUGGAACACUUUAAGGUUCAGAGAACCCCUGUGGGUCCGGGAGCUGCACGCAGUCAAAAGUACAUGCAAACGUAUGGACCUGUAACAACAAAUCAAGCACCUUACAUCAGUAGGCCAUUAAAUCACCCGCCCGGCACACAUUUCAAUCAGGGGGUUCCAAAUAGUCGACCGCCUCCUAAUGCCUCUCUCCAUGCGAUAAAUAAGGCUCCAAAUCGCCCACCAGGGGGAUUUUCGCAAGGUCAGCUAGUUGAAAAGGUGCUUUACCCUACUGCUGGAUCACAACCCGUCGGCAACGCAUAUCAGGACUACCAAAGAGUUAUGUUACCUGGUCCACAUCGUCGCACUGAAAACGGACAAGCCUCUAAUAAGUCUUCUCAGUCGAAUAACACGGUGUACGUCGUACAGGAACACCAGGUGCUGAGCCAAUACAAUGUAAGCUAAGCUUUAAACCUCCCCACAGUCGCUGUUAGGAACAAAAAAAGAAAUUUUACCUGUCAAUCGUGAGACAUUAUAGAAGUUUUGCUACGAGAUGUCCGUUGAUCACGUCAUGAAGGUUUCAUUCACAAAAUCAAAAGUUUGAGCCACACUACAAUACUCAUCCUUUCACCCCUACAGUGAAUGAUCGAGUCUUGCAAGGUUGUUCUGGCUUUUGAGUCUGUGGAAAAAAUCCCAUAGUGUGACCAUUCAAACGGAACCCUUUUGACAGCGCUUUCACACGGUUUUACAAAGCGACAUAGGGAGUUCUUUUUGAGAUUUAACUUUAGCCAAUAUUGGCAGUGCAGGGGUUAAGGGUAUUCUGUUAAUGAAUGGGUUAAUAAAUUCAAACAUCUUAUUGUUGCUGCGAGCAAUGAGAAAAAUGUCCUCGCUUGUUGUCUAAAAAACUUCACCACUAGCAUAUACGAAUGUUGGCUAACAUAUUCAAAUUAAUUAAAUUUAAUGAACAACAUUUACUUAUAUCUUUAAGACUAUCCUGUUAAUUUCAUGUCCCUCAUCCUUAGGUGUCACGAUCCAGGACUACACCACUUCAAUCAAUCGCCCCAGCGCCAGCUCCUGUUCCACGAAACCCAACGUGCCCACCAGUACAGUCCCCUGGAAUAUCAUCCACUGCCUCACCUUCCGCUUGUCAUCCGGGAGGGCCAAAUGCUGGACAAGUUUCUCAUGCUGUUUCUCACCCGUCAAAUGCUAAUGCAGUUAGAACCAGCAUCACACAGACGUCGUUAAAGACACCUCCAAAACCUACUGCGUCCAUCGUAGUAGUUCAGGAUGGUAUUGUCCUCUCGUGGAACAUGAAACUUGACGACUCAACAGCCAAAAUCGAUAAUUAUGAAUUAUUUGCUUGCCAGGAUGGCGCCGAAAGCACAAAUCCGCCGAUUAUGUGGAAGAAGAUUGGUAUUGUUAAAGCCCUGCCUCUUCCCAUGGCGUGUACGUUAACUCAGUUCUCUUCAGGAAAUAAGUAUCAUUUCGCCGUUCGCGCGGUGGAUGAUCAAGAACGAGCAGGACCCUUCAGUGAUCCUUGUACCAUUGCUUUGACGAAUUAGAGUGUGUCCUAACCAGCAUUUCAGAACGGUUUCAUAUGGUUUUUGCGUUGCACCAUCAGGUAUUUUGCAUCAGAAGUAGACAAAUUCUUGAAGCGUGGAGAUUUAAGGAGCCAGGUUUGAUCCUUUGCUACAUAAUCGCCCUCUUUUUCAGCUAAGGAUCUUUCUUUGCACUCUAUCUCCGCUUAGUCGAAAAAA